ACACACACACACAUACAUACAGAGAGAGAGAGAGAACGGGUCUUUGCGUGCCUGAGUUUGAAUGCUUGAGAGUUUCGAUCAUUUUGUGCAGUGUGUGUUGCAGUUGUGAGAUCGUGCUUAAGUGGGGUAGUGGGAGUCGGCGGUUAAAGGUCUACGUUAAACAAGGAACUGAUAAAGUAAUAUUAGAAUGCUCACUUCAAAUGUUGUUGAGAUGACAUAACAGCUGUAGUUCUGCAUAGAGCUAUCAUUUAAUUUUCUUGCCAUAAAUUGAAAUUUUGAUGCUGUCCUGUUUUUCAAUUAUUGUAUUAGAACUAUGCACUGCUAAAUGUCAUGAUUCUGUCUUUCUUGCACUGAUGCACUAGCUGUUUUUAUUGCUGUGUGGGGGUGGGAUUUGAGAAGGGUGAUGUCCUGCCUCUUAUUAAUUGAAAUCAGAAAGGACUGUGGUGCUGAUAAUGACCGCCAUCCGAUUAACUGGUUUUUGUUCCCUUAGCUGGCUGGUUCUGGAAUCAGAUUAUUCUUUUGAAAAGCCCUUUUUCCCAAAAAGCCAUUUUGCUUUGCCAAUAUCAUCCCUGUUUCCAUUCUUGUAUUUCAUGAUGAGGGAUUUACAUGUUGCCAAAAGAGUGGAAGACAUUGGUUUUUAUGCCGGUUUUGUGGGUUCAUCAUUUAUGCUGGGUAGGGCUUUGACAUCGGUGUUUUGGGGAAUAAUAGCAGACCGUUAUGGGAGAAAACCUGUUAUAGUGAUAGGACUUAUUGCACUGGUGAUAUUUAACACAUUAUUUGGUUUAAGCACAAGCUACUGGAUGGCGAUUGUGACAAGAUUUCUUCUGGGAUCAUUGAAUGGUUUGCUUGGCCCGAUAAAGGCUUACGCUGUGGAAGUUGCUGGUACAGAAUAUCAAGCUGUCGGCAUAUCUCUCGUUAGCACAGCAUGGGGCAUGGGCCUGGUGGUUGGUCCUUCAAUCGGAGGCCUUCUUGCACAGCCAGCAGAUAAAUUUCCUAAUCUAUUUUCGAAAGAUUCCCUUUUUGGAAGGUUUCCGUACUUCUUACCAUGCCUUUUUAUAUCGCUCUUUUCAGCUGUAGUACUAUCAACCUGCCCUUGGCUUCCAGAAACGUUACACAAGCAUCAUCAAAGCAAACCUGCAACUAUGAUAGCUGAAGGUCUUGAGGGUUCUUUUCAUGGAACUGAAGUAAAAAUAGAUUUGGAAGGACUUGAAGAAAGUGAUGGAGACUCAAAUGAAAACCUAUUUAUGAACUGGCCAUUAAUGUCAUCAGUUAUUGUGUAUUGUGUCUUCUCUCUUCAUGACAUGGCGUACACUGAGAUAUUUCCUUUAUGGGCUGAGAGUGGCAGGGCAUAUGGAGGACUUGGUUUAUCUUCUCAAGAUGUUGGCGAGGUGCUUGCAAUAUCUGGUUUUAGUCUUCUUGCAUUCCAAUUAUUUGCUUAUCCUCCAAUGGAGAAACUCGUUGGGCAUGUAAACUUAUGCCGUGUUGCAGCGUUGUUAGCUCUACCGUUAAUUGCAGCCUAUCCCUUCAUAGCAAAGCUAUCAGGGCUUGAACUUACAAUCAUAGUGAACUGUGCUUCCUUGGUGAAGAAUGUUCUCAGCGUUUCAAUCAUCACUGGAUUGUUCAUUCUGCAAAAUAAUGCUGUGGAACAACACCAGAGGGGCGCUGCUAAUGGCAUUUCAAUGACUGGCCAGUCUAUUUUUAAAGCUAUUGCUCCUGCAGCUGCAGGUGCCAUAUUUUCAUGGGCACAAAAGCACCGAAAUUCUUCAUUCCUUCCAGGCAACCACAUGGUCUUCUUCAUCUUGAACUUGGUUGAAUUUGUUGGACUCGUUAUGACCUUCAAGCCCUUCCUAGCUUACUCAACACAGAGAAGACGAUAAGCUUAGUGCACAACAUACACCAUAACUGCUUUCAGUUCUAAUUCUGCAGCUCAAUUCAAUGCAGGAGAAGACGAAUCAUUGCAGAUUGUUCCACUCUUUCAGUUCAGUUCAUCAGUUUCUUUGUUUUCAUCUCUGCAAUUUCAUAAAAUCAGCUCUUAUUUAUUACUGUUGCUUUGUAUAACAUUACAUGCAUUUUUUGCGAUCGGUGUUUUUAUUUUUUUUACUUAAUUUAUUAUAGGUUUUGUUUGGUUUCUGUAUUGUAAUUAUCUCGAUGCCCAGUUGUUUUACGUUAAUAAAUAGAAGAUUAGAAUUGGGCUGAAUGAGUGGAUGGGGUAUGUUAAAUAGUGUUUGUCCUGCUUGGUUUCUUUCAUGUCAUACUGUUGCACAUGUAGAUUGGAUGAGUUGAUAAAUCAUGUGGCUAUGAUAUUGCUCA